AUGCCCUCCCCCAGCGACUCCAGCCGCUCGCUGACCGGCCGCACGUCCCGCAGCCUCACCCACCUCCGCGUCCAGCGGACCUGGCUGCAGAUCCUGCUGGUGCUGGGCUUCAUCCAAGUCAUCCUGGGCGUCCUGAUCGUCACCUUCAGCCUGGUGGCCGCCACCAUCACGCCCUCCACCAAGAUCCGGCAAUCUUGCCCGUCCUGGGCGGGCUUCUCGCUGGCGCUGUCUGGGCUCGUUGGCAUCGUCUCCUGGAAGCGGCCGCUCACCCUGGUGAUCACCUUCUUCACACUGCUAUCGGUGCUGGGCGUCAUGCUGAGCCUUGCUGGGUCCAUCCUGUCCUGCCAGAACGCGCAGCUGGUGAAGUCCCUGGAGGCCUGCGAGAGGGACCUUCUCUUCAGUGUCUGCGGCUUGACCGUCUUCUCCACCAUCAUCUGCACGCUCUCUGCUGUUGUGUGCUGCAUCCAGAUCUUCUCCCUCGACAUUGUCCAUGUGCUGGUUCCCCAGCGCUCAAGCUCCAUGACGCUGGAAUGCACGUCCCCCCCCGACACCUUUCUGCAGAGCAUGAUAGACUUCGAGGAGUUUGUGCCCCCU